AUGCACACGGCUAUUGACAUUGAUGCAUCACUUCGACGCUUUUGGGAGCUGGAGUAUGUCAACCAAGAACUUCAUCGGAAACCAGAGAACGAUGAAGUUGAACAGCACUUUUUGAAGAUACACACAUGGGACCCCAAGGGGCGUUACAUCGUCGAACUUCCGUUUAAAGACCCCAAUAAGCAGUUUUCGGAUACUCUAACUAACGGAAAUUCCUUGAAUGAUGCGCUACGCAUUGGUCCCAAAAACCAUGGUAAAGAAGAGGUGAAGACCACCGCACUGACUACUCAGGAGGUAAUCUUAUUGUCACCGAUCGAAGCACUGGCUCAGCGGGUCUCAUCCUGGACAAAAAUGGUUCGCAUUGCAGCUUACUCUCUACGCUUCAUCCAAAGGAUCAAGGCUAUUACGUCAGGCACGCUGACAAAUUGCAAGGGGCUCACCUUUGAGGAGAUGCAGGCUGCUCGCAUUCUUUGCCUUCAAGACGCUCAGAAAUGCUUCAAGAACGACUACAAUCUUCUGAUGGAGAACAAGCCACUUCAGAGCCGCUCCCAGCUCAUUAAGCUUUCACGGAUCAUUAGCAAGGAUGGCCUUCUUCAAGUCGGUGGACGACUGGACAAUUCACAAUUACCAGCUGAUGUCAAACACCCAAUUUUUCUUCCCAAAUCGCACAGCAUUACAAGGAUGAUUUUGGAACACGAACAUGCGUCAAAUCUGCACCCUGGAGUUUCAGCAUUUUUUGUCAUUAUCCGCCAAAAAUAUUGGGUCUUUGGCGCACGCAACCUCAUAAGGAAUCUGGUGCACAAUUGCAUCAAAUUUUUUCGCCAACGAAAUCAAAGAGCACAAGAAUUCAUGGCCGAUCUACCGGGGAUUCGCAUUACAGAAGCACUUCCGUUCCAGCAUUCAGGCUGCAAUUACGCUGGACCAUUUAUUCUCAAGGAAAGAAGUGGGCGAAAUGCACGGAAAAUCCACUGUUUGUCUGCCUCGUAA